UGAAGGAGGAGGCGUUGGAGGCCCCAUCACUGAGCCAGGGGAUUAAACGUCUAUCUAGAGACUCAUCCCCCUACGCAGCCCCCCAUUCCCCUAAACUACUGCGCACAGAGGCACACCUUUCAGAAGCAGAUACUCUGCCCCGUGAGGAGAACAGCCUUCUGAAGGAGCAGUGCUUCAUGGACUCUAACUCCAUGACGCCACGCCCUAAGACGCUGCGCAGCACUUCUGACUACCACACCCACUCCCAGGCCAGCAGCCCCUAUUACCCACGCCAUGGCCCAGGACGCGCCCACAGCACACCACUGCACCGCCUUGCCUCCAACCCUGCGGAYCUCCCCUGUACACACACCAACAGAGGAGUGGAAGCCGCCAGCUCCACCACGGGCCCCGAGCCCACGGGCCCCGACAGACAGACCCCCAGGGGGGCGGGGUUGGGCAGGAACCCCUCUACCUGGUCCAUCGAUGAGGUCAUGCAGUUUGUGAGCGACGCCGACCCCUCAGCCCUGGCCCCGCACGCUGAGCUGUUCAGGAAACACGAGAUUGACGGCAAGGCCCUGAUGCUGCUGAGGAGUGACAUGGUGAUGAAGUACAUGGGUCUGAAACUGGGGCCCGCCUUGAAGCUGUGUCACCACAUAGAGCGCCUGAAACAGGGCAAAUUGUAGAGCUGAAACAGAAUGGAACAGGACAAACUGUAGAGGUGAAACUGGAGAGCUGAAACACAGAAUGGGACAGGGCAAACUGGAGGGCUGAAACACAGAAUGGAACAGGGCAAACUGGAGAGCUGAAACACAGAAUGGAACAGGACAAACUGUAGAGGUGAAACUGGAUAGCUGAAACACAGAAUGGAACAGGACAAACUGUAGAGGUGAAACUGGAGAGCUGAAACACAGAAUGGAACAGGGCAAACUGGAGAGCUGA